AUGUCGUUAUUCACUCUUCCAUAUUUUUGGCUUUUUGCUAAUUACUGUAAAUAUAUCAAUUCAUUAUCACUGGAAGUGAAAGAUAUCAAUGAAACCGGAUUCGAAAACCGCCCGUAUUAUUUCUUGAAGAGAAAAGAAUGGAAAAUUAGUCAAAACGCUGGUGGUAUUCCAAGCAUUUCCGUGGAAGUAUCAAACGAGAAGUGCUCCUGA